UUUCCCCAAAGCCGUGUCUCUUCUCUGCUUAGUAUCUCCAUACGCGAUACUCCACACAUUGGGCUUUUCAUCUUCAACGCCUCACUAAUCGUCCGAGCUGCCGGUCAUCUGAGCAGUGCCGCCGCCCGCCAGACGUAUGUGCAUCGCCGCCGCCCGCCAGACGUCACUACAUCGCCUCCGCCGUUCAUCUGCCAAUCUGCUUCGAUUGGAUCUGCUUCAGCCGCGAACUGCCAUCUUGUGGUCAUGCUUCUGCGUAGGCGAUUGCUAGCGGUGGCGGCUCAAAAAUUGGGAUUGGGGAUGGGGGCCUAAGGCUGUUGGCUAUUGGUUGGACGGCGGCCACGUUACAACGAUUGUGGUGAGCUACAGAUUGGGGCUAGGGUUGGGAGUGACGAUUGGGAGCUCGGGCUGAAUGGUAGUGGUGUUGACCGAAGGCGCUGGAUUCGCUGGUGGUGUUGACCGGCGGCGAGGUAAGGUCGGUGAUCUGGCAGCUAGUUGAUUGAGGUGCUACGAAUGCGGUUUGAAAGCUAAACAUCAAUUGUGCAGUGGAUGGCCGGGCUUGGGAGGGGUGCUGGGGGCUGGGAGGGAGAUUGAUGAUGUGGCGGUGAUCGGAGUAAGUUCCGGCAGGCAGUGUCACUGAAAAAUCAGGCGUCACUAGGCGGCGGCGAUGUCACUACGACGGCGUCACUAUGAUGUGUCACUGUGGCCGGCAGCGGUCUUUGGCCGGAGGCAUUUUCUGGCUAGCGACGGUCACCGAUGGGAGGUGGUGAUGGAUGUCACAAUGUUCGUGUCAUUGUACGCGUCACAGUGGCAGUGGCGGCAAUGUUUCUACGGUCGGCGCCGCAGUGACGCGUGUGGCGGCGGCGACACUGACACGCGCGACGACGAUAGUGACAUGAGCGGCGACGGCAGUGACACGGGUGGUGGCAGCAGUGACACGGGUGCCGGCGGCAGUGACAUCCGAUAGUGACAUGGAAGUGGUGCACUGACAUGAAUAAUCAUCUUAGUCACAUAUUUGUCUAAAUUUAAAUGUGGACACUUUUUCGAAAAUUGGCUCUAUUUUAGUAAUAUUCAGGAAAAAAAACCUUGUACAUUUCACCCCUCAAAAGACUACAUUUACAACCAUUUGGAUAAUUGAGAGGUGACAUUCACAAAUUAGAGAACAUGAGUCUGACGUUUCAA